GCCAUGUGGGCAGGGCUGGGAAUAGUUCUGGCUCUCUGUCUCCUCCCAGGAGGAGGGACAGAGAUCCAGAACUGCAAGGAAGCCCCAGAAUGGCGUAUUGGGGAGGAGGACCCAAUGCUGAACUCUAGGGGUUCAGUGACGGUGGUGGCUCUCCUCCAAGCUAGCUGAUACUUGUGUGUGCUGCAGGCUUCCAGAUUGGAGGACCUGCGAGUGAAGUUAGUGAAUGAAGGACUGGUCAAUAUCUCGUAUGUGGUUGUCAACCAUCAGGGACCUUCUUCCCGGAGGAAAUUUCACCUCCUGAAAGAAAGUGUUUCAGACUCUAUUACUGUCUACCAGCAAGAUGAACAGCAAGAUGAUGUCUGGACUACCUUGAAUGGAAACAAAGAUGACUUUCUCAUCUAUGACAGAUGCGGCCGUCUAGUGUACCAUCUGGGUCUGCCCUAUUCCUUCCUGUCUUUCCAAUACGUAGAAGACUCUAUUAAGAUUGCAUACUGUGAAAACAAGUGUGGAAACUGCUCUUACACGGAACCUGGUAUUGAUGGUGCAUGUGAAAACAUCACUAAAAAAGCAGAUGAAAAGCUAGCAGAGAUAGAACCCAUACCAACUGGUCAACAUUCACAUCACCACAACCCGCACAGACAUAGGCACCACCACCGCCACCACCAUGAGGGCAGUCAUCAUUCCAAAAAUGAGAACCAUCGGGCUCCUUCUGAAACUCAAAGACAUCAUCCUCGCAGCGGUCAGCGUCAUAGAGUUUCUGGCCAUAACAGACAUGGUCAGACAGGUCGUGAUGCACAGGUAGACACUGUUCCUCCAGGAGAAAGUGUAGAAAUUACACAAGAUAAAAAGCUAUGAAAAAAAGGGAAGACCAGCUGUAAAAACCAGUUAUCUUGAAAUUGGCAGACAGCAUCAGACUCAAAUUCUAGUAGCUGAUGCUGUCAUUGUCGACACCUUCUGUUUGAAGAGCUAGGGAAUUCUGUUACUUGACAGUGUCGCGGAGCACUUCCAAAUUCUUGCAGGUGACAUGGCCAGCUGGCAGCAGAGGACAUCACUGAAUCUUGACAGUGUCGUCUGCUCACUGCUGCCUGACAGUCACCAGCAGCAGGAGGAAGUGAAACUAGUGACACCUGACAGUGACAGGAAAAUGCAAGAAACUGAGCCUGAAAAACAAACUAA